AUGGGUCUUGAUACGGAUAGAUAUGAAGAGUAUGAGUUGGAUUGGCUCGCCUCCACCAUGGCGAUCAACUCUGGUGAAGUUCUCGUUGCCAGCCGAGCCCUUGACAAUGAUAUGGAAGAUACGGUCAAGAACUGUUUGAAUUGGGCUUUUCUAUUACCAAGAAGCGCCCGACGAGUCAGAGCACUAACGAGGUGUCUGUUAUGUGGGGAGUUGUCCUGUAUCUCCACCAUCAAGAACAAAAACAUGAUUAUUCGUCCGCCGCCGCAUUCCGUGCACAAGAGAAAUGGCGCUAUUACAUGGAGCGCUGUCAUGACUACUAUACGAAAGACAAGAGACAUGUAA